AUGGCAGUUUUCUUGGCCAGUUUCAUGUUCCUCUUCUUCCUAGCACAUGCCCAAAACUCCCCUCAAGAUUACAUUGACCUACACAACAGUGCUCGGGCGCAGGUCGGUGUCGGUCCCAUGACAUGGAAUGACACUGUUGCAGCCUACGCGCAAGCCUAUGCCAACCAAAGGAGAAAUGAUUGCGCCUUGAUCCACUCAAGCGGGCCAUAUGGCGAAAACAUAGCCGUAGGCUACUACCCCGAAUUCUCCGGGGCAGAUGGCGUAAAGUUGUGGGUGGCAGAAAAACCUUUAUACGACUAUGAAUCGAACUCGUGCAAAGGUGGCGAGUGUGGACACUACACUCAAUUGGUGUGGCAAACCUCUGUGCAUCUUGGAUGUGCAAGAGUGGCCUGUAAGGGCAACUCCCAGUUCGUUGUAUGCAACUACGAUCCUCCUGGCAACUAUAUAGGAUUAAGACCUUAUGAUUCUUCAAUCUAA